ACGGUUGAAGGCGCGUCGCCGCUAUGCCCGUCGCGGGUAUAGGCCGCGUGCGCUUGAUCUGUUUGUAGCGGGCUUGGAAAAUGCUGGAUCGCCAGGAUUAUGGCUGUGUCUUUGCUCGAUCUCUUCCGCUUCGAGUGCUCGAGCUCGCUCCCCUUCGCGUUUCUUCCAAGAGUAAGGCAUUUCUUCCUGGAUUACAUCCAUUUUGUUCUCGCGGUGCAGUAAAGAUCUACCUGGAUGAGCCGCUCUUGCAAAAGAUCGAUAUGAAGAAGCUUGCGGCGUCUUGUGCUUUCGCGGAUGCUCUUCUACAAAUGGAUCAGAAAAACAACGCAGCGUAUGAUUUCGAGCGCAAAGUUCUUCCAGAGAUUCUGGAACUUUGUCAAGAAAUAGACUCAUCAAGGCCUUACAUGUCCAUUUUGCAUGAAUCAGGCAUUCUCGAUUGCUUCCCAAACCUGAGAAAGUAUCUGGAUACGAUCAAAACCUGCGGGGUGAGAAAGAACUUCAAGGUUAACAAUGAGUCAUCAGGUAGCAAGAACUAUCUAUCUUACGUAGCGCUCUUGAACGAGCUGCUAACUAUGAGCAGCCAGCUCCACGAGGACAUCGAUCAUCCUCAAAAUCACAAGUACAUGGCACACCAAGUCGCUCUUUUAUACCAAUGCAUCAACCACGUCAAAGGCGAGGUCCGGCCUCUCAAGAAACCCAUCGAGGAGCGCUUCAAUGGCCUCAAGAACUUGGUGGAGAGCAAUUCCAACGGAGGAUCUCACCUCACCGAUUUCUACAAAACAUGGCUAAGAGAUUUAACGAGUGGCAUAAGAGCAAUCGUCUCGAGCUUCCCCCCAGAUGUUGUCUCCAACGUGGACCCAUUGGGAAAGUCCCUGAAAUGGACGAGCACCAUGUCAUAGCAUGGAAAA